AAAUUCAACCAUGCGCCACACCACUUCAUCACUGAAUUUAUGCAUACCUUUGCCGAAUACAUAUCUAUCUUGUUCAGAAGUGCGGGCGGAAGGAAAAUCAAACAAACAAGGACCAAAAUUCACAACAAACCGAUAUUUUUAUUAUGUGAUUAGCAAUUAUUUUUUUCCUUGGUGAACAUUAACUUAUAUUUUAAUAGAAAAUGUUAUCAAAAUGUGUGCUCGUGACUUCGCUGUGCAGUCUCCUGCUGGUCAUGUACGGGCUGCUCAUUACCAUUACCAAAAUAGAGGAAAACCGGUGUAAGCUAACGUACAUGUACGAGUAUCCGCAGUUUGUGAGAAUCGGUUUCGCCGAAAACGACCAAUUUCCGGCGUACGGGCUGUACGCGUACUCGGAAGGUCAGCUGGCGCAAAAUGCACGCAACAUGCUGUUCAGGGGUGCUCCGGUAAUUUUCAUUCCGGGCAAUGCCGGUUCGCACAAGCAAGCCCGUUCGCUGGCUUCGGUUGCCCUCCGGAAGGGCAUCGACAACGGGCUGCGGUAUCAUCUGGAUUAUUUUACCGUUGACCUUAACGAGCAAUACUCCGGACUGUAUGGUGGCGUGUUAAAUUACCAGGUAGAUUUUGUACGUCUAUGCAUUCAACGCGUUUUAAGCUCAUAUAAGUCAAUUCCUGGAGGGCCUACCACCGUGAUAUUGGUUGGCCAUUCGAUGGGAGGAAAAAUUGCACAGGCUGUGGCAACUUCUCCGGGGAUGGCACCACUAAUCAAUUCGAUCGUUGCCAUAUCUUCGCCAAUGGACGUCCCGGUGCUUUCUCUGGAUCACUAUCUGCAGAACUUUUACAACUCUGUUAACACCGAGUGGAAGCAGAACCGAACGGUUUGCUCGUCGCCUGGCAAAGCUGCACGACUUAAAGUCGAAGAUGACUACUGCCUGGCUCCGGAAGGAGGUUCAAGACCGUUGGAUCACAUCCUGCUGGUAACCGUGGGGGGAGGAAUUCGCGAUACCAUGGUUCACGAUAGCCUAACCAAUUCGAUAUUUGGGGACGUUCACGCAAUGACGUACAAUGUACCGAACGUGUGGCUGUCCGUGGAUCACCAGUGUGCGGUAUGGUGCCUGCAGUUCGUACUUGUGAUGAACCGGUUCCUGUACAGUCUCUUGGAUAUCAAUAAUAAACGUGUAGCAAAUAAGUUCAUCGAUGAUAAGGAAAUAAGACUUAAAAAUGCGCUGUUCUAUUUUAAGAAUAUAAAAUCCACAGAGUCAGCUGACAAGUUGGUGAAAAACGAUGUCAUGUACGAGGAUUGGAUUGAAGAUAUUCGGAGGAACUUUCAGAUGACUUUUGAAACGGGUCUGAGCCGGACGCGCGUUCAAAUGAUACCGCUUAAUUUUAAUCCUCUGUACCGGUAUAUGAAAGCAGAAGUUGUUAAUUUAGACACUGAGAACUGGAUCCUGGGUUGUGCUGCAACUGAGAUGGGUCGAGACAUGCGUUAUUGUUCCGCUGCAACGCCAUUGUAUAACUACAGCAGCGUUCUGCCACCGACAGAAAAUAAGCGCCAGUUCGCCCAAAUAAAUCUUCACGACAUCAAAGUCCAGAACCCAUCCUGGACACAUUUGUUGCUGAAAUUCCCCAAAACCAACGAGGCGUUCAAGUUUACCGUAGAUAUCAACAACUAUGACGAUCGAGUACUGGACGUUCAAAUGCCAAAGUGGUACUCAUUUGGCCAAUCGCAACUACUCGACGACACUGCAUUGGGCGCCUCUUUCUAUAAACUACGUGUUCUUGGUAUGGAAAGCAGUUAUCAAACGUUGGCAAUCAAUGUCGACGUACGGUCAUGUAAUGUUGAUAAUCCAUUUGUCGUUGCAAACAUAAGUGUACCAUGGACCGAAGGGUUUACGAAGUAUUCGUACUAUUAUAAAAAGAAUCACAGCGUUAUUUACGUAUACGCUCCUUACGAUAAACCAAGCGGUUUCAAUUCCACUAUCGAUCCCGUUGCGAUUGAUUUGCAUUUGAAUCCCAGUUGUCGGUAUUCGUUAAGUUAUUCUCAGUCACUUAGCGUAAUGAUGGCACGGGUUGUGCAACAGUUUGGCCAGUGGGUUCCAGCCCACUGUGUUGCCAUUUUGCUUCUGGCACUCAAACACCAAGUGUCGGUUACACCCGACAAUGAAGACUUCAAGUGCGGAAAGCUACACACAGCAUUGAGUAGAAGUACCCCAUUUUUUAUCGUAACAGCAUCACGUGUGUUCACCAAAAUGGUUAUGAUGUUUAAGGUUCUACCGCAGCCCGAGCAGUACGAAUUCUCUAUACUGAUAUCCGUCAUAAUUCACGGGGCAUCAUUGUCCCUUCUCUUGAUGUCGACAGCUGCUGCGUGGGCAGCUAUAGUAUUUUGUGGAAAUUUUGUUCAUAAAAUUUUGCUCAAAAUUGUGUGUCUGCCAAUACCGGCGUUGUCGUCGACAAUCGUGUCAUGCAUUCACAAGUUCCCCAUGGUAAUUGGAGGAAUCCUGAUGUCCAUUGCACUGGCAUCCUGUGGUAGCGCUGCGUUGAUAUGUGCGUGCAUUGUGUACUUUAUAAUCCUUACAAAGAUGUACGAAAGUUAUCUAGAGCAUUUCGUGUUGAAAACGGCGCAGCGUAUUGCGCUGAAACUUUUUGGAAUCAAUAUCCGCUGUAGAGGAGAUCAAAAAGAGAAACCACCGAAGACCAAAGAUGAAACCACUGAGCCCAAUCCUGGCAAUCAAUCUCCCGAGGCUGCCGUUCAACGGCAAGAGUACGACAAUGUGCAUACCGGAUUAAUUGACAUAAAUUUCCAUUUGCCACUGUUCUUGCUGCUGAUCGUGAUAUCUCUUCUAAAUUUUCCGAGUUUCUUAACGUGGGCCAAACAUUACACUUUAUCACCGUCGUUGAAACCGGAUGCUUCACUCAUUCCUUCCGUUAUCAUAAUUGGCAGUCUAUCAGUACUUUGGCAGAUGAACGUACCAAGAAACAUAUCGGGCUACAAACUUCUAUCCGGAUUUCUGUACAUUGCUGCGGUGGUGUGUAUCAUUUAUUGCCAAAUUUCACUCUAUAGGUUAAACUUUAUAAUUGCACUUACGUUCGUUGUUAUCACAAUACAUCAACUAGUCGGCCUAAAAAUGAAAAAUGAGUAAAGAAAAGCCUCGACGAUUCUAGACACUACCUAUACAAUCUACUUAGCCAAAAACAUAUAAAUCAAGUCGACAGUAUUGCAAGCAAUGCAUCAGAACAAUUUCAAUUUUUUACUGUAUCAGUUAUCAACAUGGCAAAGAACAUCACGAAGAAAAAAAGCUCUUGAGAAAGCUUGAUUUUAUGUUUAAGUGCCAUAAAGUCCUACUUUUCUUCAUUCAUACAUUAUGCGAAUUAUUUCGAAUGCAUAUUGAAUGUAAGUUUCGUGUGUAGUUUAAUUGAAAGUGAAUACUGUAAAAGGUGUAGCAUUGAGAAUGUAGCACUGAAAGUGUGGAAGGUAAACAAUUUAGAAAUGCUACAUUGACGAGAAAUGGUAGGGUAAGAAAUCAAACUUUGAACUAGUCAAAUUGUAAUCUUAAUUUGAACCAUUUCAAAGUUCAUUAAAACGACGUACUUUUUUUACAAAUAUUGUCCCGAAAAAGUUGUUAAACAGCUUUCCGUAAUAUAACCUGAUAACAUGGACUUUAAAAGCAUUGAAAAAAGCGUUUUUGUCAUGGACAACAGGCAAUUGAAAAAUCACUGUGAUUUCACCCAUUUCCCCCCAGAGAAAGCACAUGUUCGGUGCACUCGUACAGCUCAUGCAUUAUAUCACACGCAAUAUGUGAACACGUCAAAUGAAAGCUUAUUUAGCGUAGAAUCGACCAACCGAAUUAUAUUCCGCAUUAUUUGUCAUAAAAUUAUCAAAUUUAAGUAAUUCUUACUCGGAGAAUGUUAUCUUAAGUUGAACCAUUUGUAAUCUAAAUUUGAACUAGUAAACGGGGGCGAGCUUCUAGUGUUGGCCUGCAGACUGCGCUAGUGGUUGUUUUGUUUACUCUUGGGGGAUGAAAAAUUCCAAAAUUUGUUUCCAAGUUCCUGAAGAGUUUAGAACAUUCUUAGUUGAAAUUCCACUGGCUAAUGAAAAAUAGUUAGGGUAAUUGAUCCGAUCAUGGAGGAGUUAAGCGCUGGGUUCAUGUUUAAACCACAAUUGUAUCGCCCCAAGCAAACUUUUUACAUGGAUUGAAUUGAAAAUAAUAAAAUCCAUCCUUAAUCUUCGGGAAAAUAACGAAAUAUUGCCACUUUGAUGUUGUUAUGAGCAUUUUAUUCGUUUUUAUCUGAAAGAACAUUGUGUUCCUAAUGUUGCGGUAUGUGUUCCUAAUGUUGCGGUAUUUUGUUCCUAUUGUUGCGGUAUCCCAUUGAAAUCAUAUGGGAUACCGCAACAUUAGGAACACUACCGCAACAAUAGGAACACAGCAGCAAACACAUUUAGGAAAAUAUUUUUUAAAAAUAGGUUUUUGGGCAAAUCUUAAGCAAACAAAUGGUGCAAUCUCAUAAUUUAAGCACCAUACAUCUAUUAAAAAUACCUUUUGGUAACAUUUCAGUCGAAAAAGUGCUCAAUUGCCAUUACCGCAACAAUAGGUACUACCACAACGAUGGGAACAAUUACCCUAUGGGAAUUAGCAGAUCCAUGUGUUUUUCUAUUGUUCAGCACGAAAUUGGCUGUUGUGGGAGAUGCUCGAGCUGCUGCCGCCAGUAGUUCAAAUUAAGAUUAAAAUUGGUUCAAAUUAUUAUUACGAUGGUUCAAAUUAUGAUUAAAAUCAUUGUUGACGAAUAAUCGAAUUUUUCAAUUAAAUUCGGUGCAAAUACAAACUUUUUACCACUUAACAGAAAGCUUAUACCCGUGGCUUUCAUGUACAUAAGAUUUUGCCGUAGUAAAUAAUUUCCAUGUGGGUGAAAAAAUCACUCAAAAUUUGCGCUACUUCGGAAAGCCGCAAUUUGGUUCAACUUUUGAUUACCUACCCUAAGAUCGGAAAAAGCUUAAGGCAGAUAUAACUUUAGUUUAUAAGCAGGGAUGGGAACACUCACUUGCAGAGAGUUACACUCACUUGAUGUUUUCUCAGCUCAGAAGCGUGCAAUCAAGAAAUGAUGUAUGGACGACUUUUGCCUUGUGGUUUGGUCUAAAAGUUUGCCGAGUAGAGUAGAGAUCGCACACGCGUAUCAAAGUCGUGACAGAGCUGUGAAAGCGACUCUCCACGAGGUGAGUGUAAUUUACAUUCACCUCGUGGAGAGUUGCCUUCGUAGCUCCUUCACGGCUUCGGUAUGCGUGUGCAACCUCUACUCUAUUCGGCAAACUUUUAGACCAAACCACAAGGCAAAAGUCGUCCAUACAUCAUUUCUUGAUUGCACGCUUCUGAGCUGAGAAAACAUCAAGUGAGUGUAACUCUCUGCAAGUGAGUGUAACUCUCUGCAAGUGAGUGUUCCCAUCCUUGUUUAUAAGUUGUUCAGGUAUCAGAAGGCCGGCUCCAGAGGCACGUUAUCCUCCAUUUGGGACAUUUGUGCAUAUGUUGUUUUUUUGGUAAAAUUAUGUUUGUAACAAGAAAACAAAUUUCACACAAAAGUCUAUAUUUUUGCUGUUCAAAGAUUAUUUUUUUUAUAAAUUGGGUGGCAAAAGCUAUUACCAAAUCAACAAAAUAAAGGAACUAGAAAUUUUCUUCACGUUCUUAAGUUUUAUAUUUUCCUAAUAUGAUCUAAAGUGUUUAUCAAGGUAUGAAGUAAGCUAAAUUUCGAUGUAUGUUUCGAUAGGAAAAAACGAUUAAUGCUAUCUCUUUUUACAGUAUUUAUUCACACUGUUUCUAAUUUACUAGUUCAAGUCCAUCCUUUAUUGAAAAAUGGUGUCGUUGACCAAUUCCAUGCAAAAUAAAACAAAAUUUUGUUUAUCCAAAGAUAACAAGCGGAAAGCUAUGAAUCAACGCCAUGUGUCCAAAGACUGACUGUUUGGCAGUAAACUAUGAUCGCGGUUUUAAACAAAAAGCAACAAUUGUUGAUUCACCUAUACUAAUUUUAAAAUAUGGCCAAAACAAUAACAUAUGCCUAAGUGCUGAAAAUUUCAUUUCAUCAUAUCUAAAUUCAACCACCUACAGCUCAUUUUAGAAGCUAAACCUGAGAAUAUGGUAAAUUAAAAACUUGUGCGGCUAGACCAGUUCGGCAAGAAAGUCACGGAAAACCCACUGUUUUUCGAAUAUUUAAGGUAAAUGUCACGGAUUACCUUUGAAAAAUGCCAAAUGAUAUUCACUGUGAAUAUCAUUGGCAUUUUUCGAAGGAAGUCCGCGACAUUCACCUUAAAUAUUUGAAAAAUGGCGGUUUUUCCGUGACUUUCUUGCAGAACUGGUCUAGCCACACAAGUUUUUCAUAUACCAUAUGCUCAGGUGCAGCUUCUAAAAUGAGCUGUAGGUGAUUGAAUUUAGAUAUGACGAAAUGAAUUUUUCAGCAAUAGGCCGUCUCUUAUUUUGCAAAAACUGGAAAUUAGGACCCUACCUGAAGGGCCGAAAAUCUGCUCAUAAUUACGAUACAUAUAUCUACUUGCUUGUGAGGUCCAUACUUAACUCAGAAGAAAAGCGAGCGAUCACUUCUGCAGACCGUUAAACAUCAGGCCAUAUAAAGAUCUCAAUUGAACUACUUAUGCUAUGUUCCAGUCAAAAAAUAGGUUAGAGAAAUUGCACCAAGGAAAACAUUUGUUUUAUGUUAAAAAGCGA